UUGGAACCCAUCACAUCAUCCUGCAUGCUUUGCUGAAUCCUGCAGUGGGCAUAGCGCGCUGCAAAGCAUUCUGCAAGACUCUUUCAAGAGGGAACAGCUCAGGCGGAACCAUCUCGCAUGUUGCAUCAUCCCACGCAGUGAUGCGCAGUGGCGCCUUCCAUCACUUAAAGUUGAUUCACACGUUGCUUUUAGAAAUUCGGUUGCGACAUUUCCAAAAAGCUCUUGGGGGCGGGCAGCAGCUGAAAAGUCCUGCCACUUAAAGAGUUGUAGCUACUUUCUGCAAGGUUUGAGGAUCAAUCAGAGUUGCGUUGAGCUGCGGAUUUGCAAAGUCUGCGGGCGUCUAGCUCCGCGGGGCUUCCAGAAAAGCUCUGCCCUCGAGGAAGCUUCCUGCAACCAAGAAACUCGCACCAGGUGUUGCAUCUAGCUGCUCUACAGCAUUGUGUUCUGUAGUCUACCAGCCUUUUGCUUACCUUGGGAGGGUGGGGUUCUCCUUACAUGCUCAUUAAACAUAGCAUUCGUUUGUAACACCAGACGAACGGAAAGGAAAGGAGAAAGGCUGUUUUAGUGUACUCACUAGGACACGUGUGUGUCAGCAGGAAUGAAAUCGCAAGCCCUCUGGGCUAUACUGUGUGCGGUGGCAUGUUGCUGGGUGGGGCUGGCAGCAGGGGUGUCAGAUCCUUCUGAAGCAAACAGCCUGGCCGUCUUUAAGCAGGCCACUGGGAACCCGCCCGCUCUUGCCAACUGGCAGGGGAAUGACCCGUGCGGUGACAACUGGCUGGGGGUGACCUGUACGGCGGCGAGUGGAAACACCGCUAGACGCGUGACCCAGCUCCAGCUUCCAAACACCGGCUUGUCCGGCAAUAUCCCGCGCGUGAUCAGCCAGCUGUCACAGCUGCAGUUGCUGGAUUUGAGCAGCAACAAACUGCAGGGGCCCAUUCCUGUCGAGUUGGGUAACCUCACCAAACUGCAGACUCUCGACCUGCAUUCGAAUGCCAUCGUCAGCACGAUGGACCCCUGGCUCGUCCAGCUGACGUCACUGACGACCCUCGACCUCAGCAGCAACCAGAUCUGGGGCUACUUGCCAGCUGGCAUCACAGCUCUCACAAAGCUCCAAACCAUCAACUUGGCGAGCAACAACAUCGCUGGACCGAUCCUCCCCGCCUUGGGACAGCUGACCAACUUGACGAUGCUGGUUCUGUACGACAACAAGCUGAACGGACCGGUUCCGCCGGAGCUCGGCAAUCUGACCAACCUAUAUGGCCUGUUGCUGCAUAACAACAGCCUGAGUGGGACGGUGCCCCCAGAACUGGCCAACUGCAAGAGCCUCGGCUGGCUGUUCCUUCACAACAACUUUCUGACCGGCCUGGUCCCAAUUGCUCUGACCCAGGAGCCGCAACUGGUGGCCAGCUGUUAUCCCAAAAGGAAAGAUACGACGGCAAUCCGCUCUGCCAAACUCCAUCCAACGCUGUCUACUGCCUCGUGA